AUCGGUCAUGUGCCUCGUUCGAAAAAUGUCUUGACACCGUGUAGAACACAACUCGCCACCGACAACGAAUUAUAAGGCUGAGGCGUCAAACCAGCAUCAUCAUGACAACUUUUCGUGCCUCUACUACGGAUUUUAAAAAAAAAGUGAACUUCCAGGAAUCGCCAUCAGAAAUGUGUAACGAAAGUCUUACUCCUUUAAUGACAGCCUGUAUGUACGGACGCUCAGAACAAAUCCGACUGAUCCUAGAAGACAAACCAUUGUCGGUGGCCGAACGAGAUGGACUGUUUAAGACUGCGUUGCACUAUUGUGCAGAAAACGACGACACGGACGCUGAAUGUGCUAGGUUAUUGUUGGAUAGAGACUCAUCAAUAGUAGAUGUACCCGAUGAAGACGGUCACACGGCAUUGCAUUUAGCUGUGAUUGCUGGAAAUCUAUCUUUGGUCCGAUUGCUGUUGGGGUUUGCCGAUCCAAAUAAACGAGACAUUGAGGGCCAUUCGACAGUGCAUUGGGCUACAGUGUGUGCUGACGUCGAAGCCCUAGAGUUAAUAUUGAGUCACGGAGGCACUACUGAUUCAGCAGAUGUCCAUGGAGGAUAUGCCCUACAUUAUGCGGCGCAGAUGUGUGGUACGACGGGCGUUUGUCGUUCGGGCGACUCGCUUAAUGUUGGUGUUAGAGUACUACAGCUGUUGCUGUCCUAUGGAGCUGAUGUUAACGUCACUGACAAACACGGACGUCAGCCUAUAGUGUGGGCUGCAAGCGCGGGUAGUGCGGACGCCAUUAUAACACUGGUGAAUGGUGGAGCUAAUGUUGAAUCUCAUGACAAAGACGGACUUAGAGCGUUACAUUGUGCAGCCAGUCGUGGUCACGUGGAAUGUGUAGACGCUUUGCUGACGUUGUGUGGAGCCGAAGUGGAUGCGUUAGACGGCAAUGGUUGCUCUGCUUUGUUCUAUGCCGUAACUUUAGGUCAUGCCGACGCCACCGAAAUGUUAUUGGAACAUGGAGCGGAUCCAAACAGACAAGAUGGAAAAGGAAGAACGCCGGCGCAUUGCGGUGCGUUUAAAGGUCAACUGGAAACGGUUCGCAUAUUGGCCGAGCACGGUGCCAACUUAUGGUUUAGAAACUUCAAAGGUGGAUAUCCGUUGCAUGACGCCGUUAGGUCUGGUCGCAAGGAGUUGGUGGUUUGGCUAUUGUCGUUGCGACCCGAAGUAGCAGAUUAUUAUGAUGACGACGGUAAACGGUGUUUGCACAUCGCCGCGCUUAAUAACAACACGGAAAUGUGCAAGAUUAUUUUGGAUAACGGUGCAUCCGUGAAUGCAGUAAUGAAGAUCAAAGGUGAACGAAUGACGCCACUUGACGUGACUAUUCGGAAAAACAAUAGUCAUCUGGCCAAGUUUUUGAAACUAUACGGCGGUAAACCGGCUGCGAAACUUAACAAAGUAUUAUCAAAACAACAAUCAACUGUACGGACAAGAUUAAAGAGAUCGGAAUCUAGGAGAAAUUCGCAUUCCUCGGAUUCCAUUAAUAGAAAAUAUCGCAAUAGUGGUGGAAGGAAAAAACAGAUGGCCAAACGCAAAGGCGAUUGUCCCAAGUCAAAAAAAGAGCCCAUUAGCCGUGUAGUACAGGUACACAUAAGAGCGGACGUGACUGCAAAAACCGUCGAAGGGUCGAUGGACAAACGAAAAUUUUAUGGCGAUUGUGAGGUACCAACUAAGCCCCAGCGAAAGAGAUCUUCUAGAGCAGAUGAACCGAAGGAAUGCUUUAGUGAAAACGAUUUGUGCGAUGACGAAGAAGACUUAUAUGACGAAGAUAACGACGAUUAUGAUAGGUUGAACGAGGCUGAUUCAGAACAAGAUGUAUGUAAUACGCAACAUGUCGGAUCUAACAGUCGGCAUAAAAAGCGCUAUGAUGGAAACUUACAAAAUAAACGAGAUUCCAAACUUGCAACAAAGGCUAAAAUAUCAGACGAGAGUAAGGGACGCCAUAGCCGAGCAAAGAACGCUAAAAUCGUCGACAAGUCAAAACGUACAUCUGACAUCAGUGAUCAAUCCGUGGAAAAGACAGAAAAUCAAACGAUUACAGUCCCUGGGGCGAGAGUCAGCCAUAACAGUAAUGGUGAAAACAUUAAGUUCAUCGAUGACACGGACAGUAGCAAUUUAACCACAAAUUCAACGGGUGGUCUGCCGAGUAAAAGGAAUAUAGAAAAUCAGACGACUGUGACAUCUUCAGAGAAGCCCGUAACGGUUGAAAAGAAGAAUGCGCCAAGAACAGAAGUCGUGGUAGGAACUAAUAUCACGGUGGAAAAAGAAGCGGCAGAAACAAAAAACACAAUGGGAAAAGGAGCCACGGCAGGAACAAAGGUCACAGAGCGAACAGACAUUACAUCACUCCCCGUCGAAACGAAAAGUAAAACAAGUGUUAAUGCAAAGCGCGAAGACACCAAUCCAUUAGACAAAUUCACUAGUGCGUUGGCUAACCAUAAUAAGAAUGAUGAUGAAAUGCAAUCUAAAAGAUUGGUUGAAAAGAAGUCAACCAAGGUCAUUCCUAACACUGCUUCUGAAACUGCCAUUGCCAAGAACGCAAUCGAUGCGAUUGAUCGUAAAAAUAUUGCUUCAUCAGGAAAACCACAGACUAAUUCAGAAUCUUCGGAAAUCAAUCGCAACGCACACGAAAAAGGUCCGGUUGCUGUUCAGUAUAACAAAGCGAUUGUCGAGGUUUUGGACCGCGUGGACACCCCCGAAAUGGCGAAUAGACAGGGCGAUAAUGGAAGGAAUUCUCUUCAGGCGACAGCUUUUAGUGUGCUGCCGCCGGAUGAUGUAGAGCCUACUGAGAAACCCUGCUUGUGCCCCGACUGCAGGAAAAAAACAAGUAAUUCAAGGAAAGCAAAGAGUCGCAUUCCCAGAUUGAACACUUACAGUAGUUUAGCUCCGGAUAAUGAUCUUAACACCAUGUCCGUAACACGAGCCGUACAACUGAGCAGUAGGAAGUACCAUUUAGAACGCUUAAUAUUUUAUCAGCUGUCGGAAUUGAAGCGAUUGCAAAUCAGAGCAGGAAAAUCCGAUGAACGAGUUCUGGUCAAACGGUUAGUCGAAGAGUACGGUCGAACAGGAACGUUCAUAGGACUGCAACGGUACGAGGGGAUGUAUUCUUUUAAACGUUUUGAAAAAUAUCUUUAUGACCAGUUAUCAUCGCUUCAGAAACAGCUGCCGUUCGCCGAAGCUAGAACGGCCAUCCCCCGUGUACAGUCCAUCGACGAAAUCGAGAAGAUCACAGACGCGUUGCGUCGGAUAGACUCUGGCAAGACUGUAUUGGAAAACCCGGACGACUGUCUGUCGUGCGUACGAUCAACACACAGGUGUACUCACGCCACCCACGCGUACACCGGAAUACCGUGUGCCGCUUAUAUACCGAAACUGCGAAUGGACCAUCAUCGGAUGCCGAAACCGGUGGCCGAUCGACGGCGGUUCUUGCCCGACAUCAAGCAAGACGGUUGCAGAGCUACCAGGUGUCUAAGAAACGUGGACCCUUCCAAGCCGAUCACGCUGAAGUUGGCCAACGGUUCGUGUAGUCAAGCCAUAGACCUGCCCACUGAGAAACUCGACAAAAACAAACGAUAUCUCGUUACUUUUACCAUUAAGGGCGCCGAACCGCCAAGCAAACAUCGUGUGGCCCCGCCACUGCUUCGAGGCAACAGCGACCAGCACCCGCCGUUGGCACACACACACGCUAAAAGCUUUUAAUCAUCAUCUUUGUCCCUGAAUCCGAAUACUGUUAUGUAGUUCUUAUCGAAAAAAACAUUAUUAUUAUUAUUGUUAAUUUCAAAAUA